AUGGCAGAACCGAAUGAUCAAGCUAAGGACGUGGUGGAAGAGGUUGAGGAAAGCAAGGACGCGGUAUCGGCGGGAAAGCGCAUAGCCCGUUAUGAUGAAUACCGCACCUACACCUGGAGACUCAAGAAAACGGCCAAGAAAGAGAAACAGAAGAACCUCAAAGGCGCUGCACUUGUCGUGCGGCGUGUUAUUGAUCACAAAGGCAGACAUGCUGACACCGUUAUCGAGAUUAGAAGUCCCCUUGUGGCAGAGGUUCUGCAGCAGUUGAACCCUGGCAGUGAGAGCCUGGUGCAGGAAAGCCCUCCCAAUGCCCGGCCGGUCUUGCUUUACCAUUCGCGGUUCGGAUUGAAGAAAGCCUUUGAAGCCGAGAAGGCCAAAGCCCAGCCGAAUACGGCCUUGGUCAAUGAUCUAUCCGUGGCAUUGGCGUAUAUAGAGGAAGACCAUGCAAAUGAUGUCGCCAGCAUGGAAGCCUUGCUUAGUAGGCAGGAAAUUUCAUGGGGCUUACUCUGGGCUUUAUUUAUCCCAGGGUCCCUUGUUUACCACUACCACAAACUUACCCAGCAGAAGCAGAUUCUGCGUUUCCGCCAGGCAAGAAAGAGACAGAGGACAACAGACCACCAUGUCGUCUUGUACUGGCAGAUAUUGUGCGACGUCAUCGUCUUUGACGGGGUGAAACUUGGCUUCUCAAAAGUCGAACAUUUCCAGAUCGAUGAGUAUCCAGGGGUUCGUAAGAUCUAUGAUCUGGAGAUAUUCCCAUUGGAUUUCGUCGACGGGAAACCUGAUGUCUACAAACAUGCUGUUAAACGAGGGAAACGUUACUGUGAAUUGAAAAGCGGGAAAUACCUCGAAUGCGAAGGACCAGCGAUGCGAGAGAUCCUCAAUAAGGACUUAAAACCAAAGCAAUUCACCUUCUCUUCGUUCGGAAGAGUGAUGGUAGAUGUGAAAGCUUUCAGGACAUUUGAGCCAAAUGCCACAUACUGCAAAGAUGUCUACAGGCAACUCGAGAACGGGAUACCCGACAACGACGACGACUUUGCCAUAUGUAGUCCCAUUGUCCUUGGCUUCAGCUUCGGAGCCAAAAUGUGGGGUGGGUUGGGCAUGGACUAUUGUCGCACCAUCAAAUGGGGUCACGAUACCUUCAACUCUCUAGUCCUCGAACCCAACAAAAAGAAACUCAUCCAUGCCCUAGUCACCCAACACACAUACAAGAGUGACCACUUCGACGACAUCGUCGCCGGCAAGGGCAAGGGGUUAAUCGGGCUUCUCAGCGGCGGACCGGGCUGCGGCAAGACAUUGACUGCCGAAGCCAUUUCUGAAGAGACCCAGCGGCCGUUAUACUCAGUCAGUGCCGGAGAACUAGGCACAAACCCUGCCGAUGUCGACAGCCGCCUGACGUUGAUCCUCGAGCUCUCUCAACGGUGGAAUGCAAUCCUCCUUCUCGACGAGGCUGAUGUCUUCCUCCAAGCUCGGAAUGAUACCGAUGUAGUCCGCAACGCGCUUGUCUCGAUCUUCCUCCGUCAGCUGGAAUACUACAAGGGGAUUAUGAUUCUCACAACAAACAGGAUAGGCAUAUUUGACCCUGCUUUUGAAAGUCGAAUCCACUUCAGCUUCUCCUAUCCCGACUUGGACUUUACGUCUCGGAAAGCUAUAUGGACAACAUUUCUCACGCGCCACGCAAAGCAGGCAAAUGAAAACGGUAACCAAGACAUCGGCUUUAGUGACGACCAGCUCAAUGAGCUAGCCGGACCGGCGCUUAAUGGCCGCCAAGUCAAGAACUUGGUUAGCUGUGCUCGAUCGCUCGCGUUUGACGAAGGGGAUGCCUUGGACAUGAAGCACUUGCGGUCUGCGCUGGCUGUUGUUUCCGACUGGACGUUGGCUGUUCAAAAGGCGUUGCCCAUGCCUGGGCCGCAUUGA